GCGGGAAGAAGCCGAGCGGGUUCGAGGCCGACGCGACCCUUCUUCGUUGCCGCCGCGACCCUUCUUCGUUGCCGCCGCGCUGCCGCCGCCGCCCCCGCCGCCGCCGCUGCCGCUGUCUGAGAGAAGCCAUCGCGGCCGCUCCUGCCGCUCUCGCCGGCCACCAUGUCCGCCCAGGCGCAGAUGCGGGCCCUGCUGGACCAGCUCAUGGGCACGGCCCGGGACGGUUCAGUGUAUCUUUGCCUGCCUACAUCAAUCUGCAAGGGAGUUGCAGAAAAGCCUCAUGUUCAUCGAGCCGAGAUGAAACCAGACAGAGGGUCAAGUUUACAGAUGACCGUGUCUGCAAGAGUCACCUUCUGGACUGCUGCCCCCACGACAUUCUGGCUGGGACGCGCAUGGAUUUAGGAGAAUGUACCAAAAUCCACGAUUUGGCCCUCCGAGCAGAUUAUGAGAUUGCAAGUAAAGAAAGGGACCUCUUUUUUGAAUUGGAUGCGAUGGAUCACUUGGAGUCCUUUAUCGCUGAGUGUGAUCGGAGAACUGAGCUUGCCAAGAAGCGGCUGGCAGAGACACAGGAGGAGAUCAGUGCAGAAGUUUCCGCAAAGGCAGAAAAAGUACAUGAAUUGAACGAAGAAAUAGGGAAGCUUCUUGCUAAAGCUGAACAGCUAGGAGCCGAAGGGAAUGUGGACGAAUCCCAGAAGAUUCUUAUGGAAGUGGAGAAAGUCCGUGCAAAGAAAAAAGAAGCUGAGGAAGAAUACAGGAAUUCCAUGCCUGCAUCCAGUUUUCAGCAGCAGAAGCUGCGUGUUUGUGAAGUCUGUUCAGCCUACCUUGGUCUCCAUGACAAUGACCGUCGUCUUGCAGACCACUUCGGGGGCAAGUUACACUUGGGGUUCAUUCAGAUCCGUGAGAAGCUCGAUCAGUUAAGGAAAACUGUGGCUGAAAAGCAGGAGAAGAGAAAUCAGGAUCGGCUGAGGAGGAGAGAGGAGAGGGAGCGGGAAGAACGCCUGAGCAGGAGGUCUGGAUCAAGAACCAGAGAUCGCAGGAGGUCACGCUCCCGGGACCGGCGUCGGAGGCGGUCAAGAUCUACCUCCAGAGAGCGGCGGAAGUCGUCCCGGUCCCGGUCCCGAGACAGACACCGGCGCCACCGAAGCCGUUCCCGGAGCCACAGCCGGGGCCACCGCCGGGCAUCCAGGGACCGGAGUUCGAAAUACAAGUUCUCCAGAGAGCGGGCCUCAAGGGAGGAGUCCUGGGAGCGCGGGCGGAGUGAGCGGGGGGCCACCGACUGGAGGCUCGAGAGCACCAAUGGGAAGACUGCGUCGCGGAGGUCGGAGGAAAAGGAGGCCGGCGAGAUCUGAACCCACGUCCAGGCGCUGUAAAUAGUCUGAUACGUGUUUGACACAGCCUAACGUUACCCUUUAUAUUUGCUGAAUACAACUCAUCUUUUGUAGUUUACCAUUUCUGUUGUUUUGGAGCUAGCUGUGAGUUUCUCGAGAUGUACAGAGUUGCUCCUGUGUUCUGGGUUAUGUCAAGUGGGAAUAAAUAGCCUGACAGACUGCC